AUGGGAAGUACCACACCGCUCUACGCGAAAUGGGCGCGACAGAUGAAGCUGGAAGUACUGACCGAUGAGGUUGACGAGGGAGCGAAGUUGCACUGGAUUGGCCCUCGUCGCUUUGACCGCGUGUUCCUGUAUGCCCAUGGUGGAGGGUUCAGCUUGCCCGUGAAGCCCCAUGAACAUCUAAACUUUCUUCUUCAAGUUCAGAAAGAUCUCGAAGCGAAUGCAGGAGGCGUGGGGGUCAUUGCACUCGAAUACUCUCUCACGCCUGAUUCUCCAUUCCCUACGCAGCUUCGCCAAGCCAAUGCUGCCAUUUCGCAUCUCGUUUCUAAGGGUGUUGACACUCAAAACAUCGUCUUGGGCGGUGACUCUGCUGGCGGGAAUCUCGUCCUCCAAAUUGCCGCCCACAUUCUGCACCCACUCCCUGACAUUCCUGCACCCCCAACAUCCGGCCCCUUUGGUGGCGCAUUUCUGAUGUCACCAUGGGUUACCUUUGACGACUCGUCGCCGUCGUUUGCCGAAAACGAUAAACUGGACACUACUAGCGCUCAAGCUCUCAACUUCCUUGCGAUGCAUGCACAAACAGGUAUCACACCCGAGACGCGCAACUAUGUGGAAGCCAUCACAGCCGACGAAUCGUGGUGGACAGGUCUGGACAAGGUCUUCCUGCGCAUUCUGAACACCGCUGGACAGGUAGAAUGCUUGCGCGACGCGAUCGCGAUAUUUGGAGAAACGCUGAAUAAGCAUGUGAAGGACACGACAAAUGUGGUCGAAAAGAAUGCUGUGCAUGAGGACGUUCUGAGGGAUUUCUCAGCUGGACAAGGUGUGACGAGUGAGAACUACAAACUGGAUAUAGAGUGGCUAUCUGAUACUUUCAAGGGGCAGCGCUGA